AUGGCAUCUGUGGUAGGAAGAGCAUGGGGCUGGCUGCGCUCUUGGAGGAGCAAUGGCCUGCCGGAUCCAACUAAAGUUGAGGACCAAAAGCUGAAUGGCUCCAGUGGAAGUACCGGUGAUACAAGAGGAUUAGGUCGACAGAAUACUCCAGGAGAGGAUGAGUACUGGGAAGCUCAGGAGAAGCUACAACCUUUGGAAAUUGAAGAUCUCGGCGCCGGGAAACAAGAGUCGGAGACCGCCGUCGAACGCCUUCCGAGAUGGUGGAAUAAAUAUCUCCCUACGUCUUUCUUACCAUGGUCAAGAAAAGCACAGCCGACCGGAGCCAAGCAUCCGAAACAUCACGGCAAGAGUGGCGACGGGGAAUUUGACGGGGACUUUUCAGACUACGGCACACCUCCUCCUUCACCGACGCCAGGUUCCCAGCUGCCGUCGCCCUUUCGACUGUUUGUCCACAGCUGGAAUGUGGAAUUGUUUCCGGAGCACUACGAGAUCUGCUUUAACUUCCUCCGCCAUCUCUUCGACCUGUUCGUGGUGGGAUUCCUCUGGAUCGUGUCGCCCCCCGUCAAGCUGAUCCUAGAAAUUCUGGGGAUCCAGGGACCGCUCAGGCUCUGGCUACACGGCAUGGCCAUGUUUUUUGUAUCCACGGUGGGAAUGGCCGGACUCCUCUGGCUGAUCCAAGAGCAUCUCCCGGAGUUUGCUUUUAUCUACGGUAUCGUGCAAGCAUUAGUGAUCUCUGUCAGCCUAAAAAAGAGUGUUCUCCUUGGAUUGGAUGACGAAAACUCACAAGUGGAGGAGGAGGAGAACAGAGAAGUUGAGGUGACGGAUGAAGAUGGGAAAGAAAUGUUUUGCGCAAGUGGCAAAAUGAAGACAAGUUAA